AUGCAACAAAGUUCGGAACAACGCUCUUUUGAUGUCAUUGAUGCUAAUGAGGAGGAAGAUAUCAAUCGCGUAUCUAUGUACUCUCCUGAUCCAUCUCCAAUCAAUUCACCGAACAUUUCAAGUAUGCCUUCAUCACAUUUCGUUCCAGUUACUUUUCUCAACUCCAUCAACACUAAUAGAAAUAUGGUAAUCACUUCGGUGAAACGUGAAUUGAUGUCUUGCUUUAUGCCAGGAGAUCAAAUAUCGAGUUUCAAUGGAAUUCCAAUCUGGAAUCGUUUUCAACUUGACAAGGAACUUUUGAAUGUUCAGAAGCUAGAUUUUCAGAAAACUAAAGUAACUUUUGUCGUGAUCCGUGCAUGGAAUAUUUCAUGUCUAACGAGAAGCCAACUUGAUCGUCUUUCUCCUCCACCGGAUGAUCGUCUCCACUACUUUUCUGUUAAAGUUUACUGUAACAACAGAGCUGCUGGAUUGUAUUUGAGGUCUGAGAAGAAACGACUUCUAGUCAAUCAUAUUCGAUCGAAAACUGCCAUCAGUUUUGGACUACUGGUUGGAGAUCAACUUUUGGGGAUAAACGAUGAGAUGUUGGUCGGAAAUCAGACUAAAGCUCUCUACAAACAAGCGAAGAACUUGAUGCUCAAAUCUAGAAAAAUGGAAUUCAUUGAAAUGAUCGCAUGCCGUCCUGUUUUAGUUCGUAGUUCUCCGGCUCCAAGUGUAGAUGGGGAGUUAGCAAUGAAAGCAACUUUGAAAAAUGCUGCAGAUCUAGUAAAUAAAAUAGAAAAGAAAACUAAUGAAGAUCUCGCUUCCUUGCCAUUGGAAGCUGAUGCUCUUGAAAUCGCUCUUCGUGAACUAACACUUUUGCAACAAUGGAUUAAAAUCGACAAGCCAUUGCCUAAUUGCGAAAAAGGAGGCUCACUACUUCGUUUUCCAUCCUUUUCAGCUGAUCAAUCAACUUGUCCAACUGAGAGAUCAGAACGUGGCACGAGCAGUACAACCGCGUCAUCUACGAUGGCACCACCAACUCCUGAUGUUCCGAAGAAACGUGGGAUGAUCUUCAGAAGACGUCAGCAACAAACUAUUGGUUUUACGGAACUGGCGGAGACUUCUAAAGUGACGUCGGAUAUUUCAGAAGAGGCAGAAUUGAAGAAAUGUGAUCCACGAUCAGGAAUUGUGUCUUACAUCAAGAAUGCUUUUAACAAUUAG